AGAUCAUAAGACUUGAAAGUGUGCGUUUCAGAGUCAUUUUCUCAUGCGAUUUUGGACAAGUUAACCAUAAAUAUGUCUGAAAGAUCCAAUGCCCUCUUCCCAGGCGUGGCUUUGGUCACUGGCGCCGCAUCGGGUAUUGGACGUCAAGUCGCUAUAUCAUUUGCCAUAGAAGGGUGUCGGAGGCUCGCCCUGUUUGACAAAGACAGCACAGGUCUGAACGAUACCAAGGCGACCAUCAAAACUACGAGCCGAGAUGCAAAUCCAGAUGUGUUCAUCAGACACGUUGAUAACCUUGACACAUAUGAAGUUUCCAGAAACAUGGAACUUGCUAUCAAGCAUUUCGGGCGUAUUGACUAUGCCGUCAACUGUGCUGGAAUAUAUGGUCCGACAAAGCAGAGUCAUGAAGUCACCCCUGAAGAGUUCGAUCAUGUUAUAAAUACCAACUUUCGUGGUCUGUGGCUGUUUGCACGAGAAGAGCUAAAAUAUAUGACCAGUCAAGAUGUUGGAGUUACUCAUGAUGGACGGCCUGGGUUUAGAGGUUCUAUUGUCAAUGUUGGAAGCAACCUCGGCCUCGUGGGGAAACCAAAAACUCCGGUAUAUAGCGCCUCAAAGGCAGCUAUCAUUAGUUUGACGAGAAGUGAUGCUAUCGAUUAUGCCAAAGAUCAGAUUCGUGUUAACUGCGUCUGCCCUGGAGUUAUUGAAACUCCCAUGACGGCUAAUGUUCCGGAAGAUGACCCGGCCGUACAGACUGCCGUCAUGAAAAGAAAAGGGACUCCGCAGGAAGUAGCAGAUGCUGUUUUGUUCUUAUCAAGUCCCAAGGCUUCUUUCAUUCAGGGUGCUGCGUUGUCAGUUGAUGGGGGCUAUACUAUUAGUUAGGGACGUUAAAACAGAUGAUAAGAGCACAAUAAUGAACUGUAUUGGGGUAUCAAACUACUCUAUAAAAACUAAGAACAACACUUUUCCCCAGAUUAACGCCACGCCCUUGCUGGUAAUAACUCAAGACGCAGCUGGUGUGCUAGUAGAGUUGACCAUUUUGCUCUUCUUACGCCUAGGCUUGGGAGCAGUCGCUGAUUUGGGUGUUCUCUCCUUGCUCUCCUUCUUAUCAUCAACCUUUGUAUUGAUCGUCGGCGUAUUAAUACUCCUAAUGGGGCCAUCCGUCUUUGCAAUUUGUGGUGGUUUGCGGCCUGUUGUUGUGAGGUGGAACUCUCCUGGGCGACCUGUGAUAGGGUUCUCGUCGAUGUAUUCACCGCCGUACUUCAUGUGAAUCAUGAAAGACUCUUCUGCUAGUCUUUCCAGUGACUUCUCGUCAUCUUUCUGCGCGGCUGCUGUAGGGGCAGCUGGAACUUUGCUAGCUUCAUCUGAUACAGGCAUUGGGGUCGCCGCUGCAGAGGUAUGGAUCCUUGGCUUUGUUGAUAUCUUGGCUGAUGGGAGCUGGUAAAAGUUACCCAUAGAGGGACCCCAUUUUCUGACUGAUUCAGCAGUUGUCACAGCAUUGGUAACUUGCGAAGAUAUA